AUGUCUCUCUUCCAAUCAAUAGGGUCGUACGACAACCUCGACGAGCCCACCCCCUUCUUCAACACGAAGUCUGCCGUCUAUGGCUUCAUGAUUACUUUAUUGUUGUUAACAUGGGUCACCAACGUGGGCUCGAUAUUUUUGGUCAACGCGGGUCUGGGCCAGCACUUCAUCCUGUUAGGUAUCGACGGCAUGAUAGAGUUCGUCAAGAUGUUUUGGUGGUGUAAUGCCUGCUACAACAUGUCCAUGGCGGCCAUCAAGAUCUCGCUCCUCUUCCAGUACCUGCGGCUCCUGAACGAGCACCCGGCAGCGGACAGCAGGCAGCCCAUGAUCAUGAGGACAGCAGUCAUUGUGCUGAUCGCCAUCACCGCCAUCUGGGGCAUCGUCUAUUCGAUCCUGGCGUGGGUGCCGUGCGUGCCCAUCUAUGCGGACUGGGACUUUACCGUCUCGGCCACGCGCUACGGGUACGGCUCGGAUGACAAGCGGACCUUCGUCACGACGUUUAUGGUCCAUGGCGCCUGCAACAUGGCUAUUGAUAUCGCCAUCUUUGCUCUGCCGCUGUUCUCUCGGUCCAUGUGGGCUGCCGCGGGAAGGCAGAGGCAGUCUCGCAUCGCCAUGAUCUUUUUGUAUGGCCUGGGUGUUGUAUCCGUCCUGUGCUCCAUUUUCCGCUUUGUCUCUAUAGUCGACCACAAGGCGGCCACCUACCCAACGUUUGACCCGACCUGGUACGGCCCUACGGCGAUUGUGCUCUCCAUCCUCGAGGUCGACCUCGCGACCAUCAUGGCCUCCCUCCCAGUCUUCUGGCCUUACCUGCGCCGCAACAUCGACCGCAUCAUGAUCACGCACGAGAUCGAGGUCAAGGUCACAGAGCAGCACUUCACCCAGAUCGACGACCGGGGGCUUGAGGGGGGUCGGAACACCCGCUCACACGAGGGCGUGCGGUCGGAGAGCGCGGCGGGGGCGGCGGCGUAUACGCCCUGGAUGGACGGCGAUGGCCACAGGAGCAACAGCAGCGCGGGGCUGAAGAUGGGCGAGGUGGUGAUGAUGCGCACCCUGGGCCGGUCGGGCACGGAUGAGGGUAGUGAGAGCAGCCCGACGGGGGACGACAUGCCUUUUGACGGGUCGAGGAAUGCGGCGCCACAGCGGAGCCCGCAGAGGGCGGCUUUCUUGACGAGGGAUAGCAAGGAGAUUCUGUUGCAUUGA